CUCACACGUCGACAGGUGCAGUGCGAAUGACAGCACUCCAAGAAGAAGACUUUUCUGUGCUCAUUGAAAAUUAAGUUUUUCGUUUAUAUUUUGCACACUAGUCCACGAAAACACUUAAACACAUAGAGGAAAAGCAUUGGCAAUGAUGCUGUUCAUGCUGCUGUUCAGUCGGCAGGGCAAGCUGCGUCUUCAGAAGUGGUACAUGGCCUAUCCGGACAAGGUGAAAAAGAAGAUUACCCGGGAGCUGGUCACCACGAUACUGGCCCGCAAGCCCAAGAUGUGCUCCUUCCUAGAGUGGAAGGACUGCAAAAUUGUCUACAAGAGGUAUGCCAGCUUGUAUUUCUGCUGCGCCAUCGAGCAGAACGACAACGAGCUGCUGACACUGGAGAUCAUCCAUCGCUACGUCGAGCUGUUGGAUAAGUACUUUGGCAGCGUGUGUGAGCUGGACAUAAUCUUCAACUUUGAAAAGGCGUACUUUAUCCUGGACGAGCUGCUCAUUGGCGGCGAGAUCCAGGAGACGUCCAAGAAGAACGUACUUAAGGCAAUCGCCUCGCAGGAUCUGCUCCAAGAGGACGAAGCCGUUGAGGGCACUUUAAGAGACAUUGGACUCCUCUAAAGAACUAGAACACCGUAGAACUUAUGUAGUUGAUAUUACACGCACACCCAGAUACCACAAGCACACCACACACUUAUACACCCCAGAAACUGCUCAGGCGACAAUGCGUGCUGCACUUGGCACUUACCAACACUGCUCUAUCCACUUCGCAAUACCAUAGUGUGUGUUUUGGCUGUUGUACAGCACUGAGACGCUAAUUAAAAUCAAGUAAACCAAGAAAGCAGCGUGAGGCUAGAAGCAAUAAAUCCCACUAGAUAGUAAACUCCGAGCAUCUGGCAUUCGGUUUUCCAUGCACACACUUUCGCAAAAACCACACAAACACAUAGAUAAAUAGAUCCAGCAAAGUUCAUGCAAAACAAGCCAACCCAACCUCACGUACUUAGUUCCAUCCGGGGUUUCCUCAACUCAAUUAAUAUUCUUCUUCCUAUAUCUACAUUAAAAAAAAUCGAAAGAUCAUUCCAAUCAAUCACCAAAAUGGGCAAUAACUAAUUUAGUUAGUGGGGAGAUAUAUGCAAUACUAUUCUUACCAUAGAAACAUGUAAGCUUUAAUGUUGAAAUAUAAAAGAGAAUGAUUAAUCAUUGAAAAUUGUAAUAAUCAUGCCUUAGUGGUAACCGAAUAAAGUCUAGUUUAUGUAUAUCUACAA